AUGCGCGCCCAUUGCGGCCAACACUCGCUCUGCGCGGGUGCCCGCAAGCUCGUCGUCGUCGUCGUCGUCGUCGUCGUUGUUGUUGCUUGCACGUGGGCCACCACCGCACGCGCCACCGAAUUUCUGCCACGGAACAUCUCGAAUCCACCCGGCUACUCGCUGCUACCGGGCGUGACCCAAGUCCCGGCCCCCAUCCCCGUUGUCCCGGACGAGCAGAACUGGGCGGGCAUGGACGGUGCCUGGAACACCUUCAGCCUGCGCGUCGGCUCGCAGCAGACCAACACCAGCGUCUUGGUGUCGACGGCCGCGAAGCACAUCUUGCUCGUGGAUGCCCCGGCUUGCGCCCAGAACGCACAACAGGAUUGCGAGGACAGCCACGGGCGCUCCUUCAACCACUCGCAGUCGACGACUUUUCAGGAGCUCGGCGAUUACGAGCUGGGCUCGGAUGGGUACAGAGGCCUCUCUGGCACCGGCCAUUACGGGCUUGACACAGUCCGUCUGGGAGCGGAUGGCCUCACCCUGAACAGCACGACGAUUGCGACCAUGGGCGCCAAUUCCACCCUCUCCACACCAGCAGAACCCUGGCUGGGCUACAUCGGACUUCAGUCGCAGGCGACCGAGUUUCCGCGCAGCUCCACCAGAGAGAGCUACAUCACCCAACUUUUCCAGGCGAUGAGCAUACCUAGCCAGUCUUUUGGAUAUACAGCAGGCGCCCGGUACCGCGUCGGCAAGGAGCCAGCUUUGGCAAGCUUGACCCUCGGUGGUUAUGAUGCAGCUCGCUUCGCCGACACGCAAACCAACUAUGCACUCGACAGCGAGCAAAGACCAGUAGUCGGCCUUGUGGGACUCUCAUCACAAUCUCCAGCCUCCAACGGGUUCGACCUCUUCAAGGCGAACACGGCUAAUGUGGCCAUGGUCAUCGAUUCCACCGUGGCUGAGAUUUGGUUUCCCAUUGAGAUCUGCAAAGCGUUUGAAGAAGCGUUUGGGUUGACGUACGAUGAGACCACGAAUCUGUACCUGGUUGACAGCAUCCUGCACGCCAGACUGCUAGCCCUCAACCCUGAAAUCACGUUUCUCAUCACCAACACCAAUACCCGGGACAUUGUGGAUUCCAACGCCUUCUUGCUUCCCUAUGCGGCCUUUGAUCUUGAGGCGCAACCGCCCUAUCAGAAUCUCACCGAGGCAACGAGAUACUUUCCAAUCCGCCGGGGGACUGACCAAAGCCAGUGGAUACUGGGGCGCACAUUCUUGCAAGAGGCCUACCUCAAAGUCGACUGGGAGAGAUCUGUGUUUUCAGUCCAUCCGCGGGUUUGGGAUGAUCGGCCCUCGAACAUCUCCGCAGUUGUCUCACCCCGUUACGGCCGGGCCGAAGAUGACCCACCGAUAUCGAGUAGCCCGUCUUACCCGCCACUUUCGACUGCAUGGAUCGUGGGGAUUAGUUUUGGCUCCGCCAUCGUAUGCCUGGCACUUGCCGCGGUCGCCUGGUGGUUCUGGCGGUGGCGACGAAGACGGCGACAAAAGGUAGCAGCUCCUGCCCGAGAGCCUCAGCCAAUUGCUAGACCUGAGACACCACCUCUAAACAGUCCCCGGGGCGUACCGGAUGGAGGAAAAGAUGUCAGAUUUCACGCCCAGGCAGAGCUGCCAGGAGCACCCAAUGAGCAUAUUGAGAGGGAUCCUUUUGUCGAUCCCAAACCUGCACAAGCACAGGACUUUUUCUUUGAAUUACCGGGUGACAUGCCCGUCAGCGAAGCCGACGGCCGCCAACUAUCCGAAAAGGAAACCAUGGUCGUUCGGGAGCGAAACGUAAACGGGGUGGACCCGUGCGAACGCGCUGGUUCCCCUGUAUCCAUCACUGCAUCAACCAGGUUAUACCCGGCUGUCCCGCUAGAUGGGGUCGCCAUGUCUGGUCGCAUGUCCUCGAGCCGCAGGUCGAGGAAGAACCACAGAGUUUCGUGCUCGACGGGCGCUUCGAUGCAGGAUGAAAUCGAGUUGCCGCCCUAUCGCACAAUGGACGAUGAAUCGCGGGCGGCGGACAAUUCACGACGACGAUUUUCAUACGAGAGUUAG